AUGGGUGAAUCCAGACAAGAACUGCUGGCAUGGCUUAACAACCUGCUUCAGCUGAACCUUACCAAGAUUGAGCAGUGCGGAACUGGUGCUGCCCUCUGCCAAAUCUUCGACUCGAUCUUCAUGGAUGUUCCCAUGGCUCGAGUCAAGUUCAAUGUGAACACCGAGUAUGCCUAUCUCCAGAACUUCAACGUUCUUCAAAAUGUCUUCAAGCGCCAUCAGAUCAGCAAACCCAUCCCCGUCCAAUCCCUCACAAAGUGUCGCAUGCAGGACAAUCUUGAAUUCCUGCAGUGGGUCAAGAAGUUCUGGGACCAACACUACCCCGGCGGCGACUACGACGCCGUCAGCCGUCGCAAGGCCUCCGGUGCUCCCGCCUCCGUCGGCGCAACUCCCGCUUCUCGCGCCCCCUCUGCAGGCAGCGCGCGCCGUGGCGUGACUCCCACCACCGGCGCCGCCCGUCCCCGCGUUGGAGCCGCCAGCGGAGCCGCCACCGCCGCCCUGCAGCAGGAGGUUGCGACCCAGAAGGAAGCCAUCGCCGGCCUGGAGAAGGAGCGCGACUUCUACUUCGCCAAGCUCCGUGACAUUGAGCUCCUCCUGCAAAGCGCCAUCGAGGCCGACCCCGAGAUUGAGAAGGAAGAGGACACUCUUGUCAAGCACAUCCAGGGCAUCCUGUACUCAACCGAGGAUGGAUUCGAGAUCCCCGCCGAAGGAGAGGAGGUUGUGGCCGACGAACUCGAGACUUUCUGA